UUCGUCCGUCGCAGUUAGAUAAACCGAUGGGAGCGACGGCCAGGUUCACCUGUCGCUUGUCGGAGACCGUUCAACAUCAUUCCCUUAACUGGUACAAAUUGGGUGACGACAAGCAGCCGAAAUUACUGGACCUUGGAAAAAGGAAGUAUAGCCGCGCCAUGCUGAACGCGACGACCUUUGAAAUUAAAAUCUCGGACUUAGAGAUGAACGAUAGCGGGACCUACUUCUGUGGCCUCAUCUGCCCCUCGUUGAAGCUGACAGAAAGCAACAGGGCAAACCUCACAGUAACAGAGAAAGAGAAAGAACUUGAGCCUGGACUACCGUCGGAGGAGACGAAGCCUGGACUGCCGUCAGAGGAGAGGGAGGAUCACGGAGAGAUCCUCCUUGCUGUCGUCGGAGUUGGGCUGUUUCUGGUGCUCCCAGUUUUGUGUUACUACCUCUUUAACCUCAUCCGGAGAAAGCAAGAGGAAGAAAAACUGCAGGAUGAAAAUGCUCCCUUGGAAGAAGGCCCUCCCGCCGUGAGCGUUUUCACCGUGGAUUAUGGGGUGCUGGAGUUCCGGGCAGCGGACAACGCUCAGAGAGCCCCCCAUGAGCGCUUCGCUUCCGACCAGACCGAAUAUGCCACCAUCAUCUUCCCCCCGGAAAAGCCGCUCGCUGCCAAAGGAGGCAAAAAGACUAAGAAACCGAAGAGCUGCCCCAGCAGAGCGGAGCCGCACUGAAGGGGCGGAAGCGAAACCUCCCCCUUUUGAACUUUGCAUUCUCCCCGAUUCCUCAACGGUCCCGGGACCACACUGCAAGCACUGGGGAUUCAUUUGCAAAGUCAGAACAUGCUGGGGCUCAAAGCUGCCUGGAAGCCACAUCUUCUGCACGACAACCCUUGCCACUGCAUUGCAGAAGCACGCAGGCCGCACUGCACAUGCUCAGAGGCACUGUUGUCAUAGGACCUGUUAACGGAGAAAUCUGAGGGCUCCCUUGGACAAAAAACAAGGACAGCAGCCAGUAGGCAUGGUCUUUCUUGAAGACUGUC